GCACCUCAUGCUAUGCGGCAGGCUGCGCCCCUUCAGUCAACGAUGCCCCUCAUCCCUGAUGAGUCCAACGUCGCGUCGCACCAUAAUGGUCCCUCUCCACUAGAGCGCGUGCCCGUCCGGAAUCCACAGUCAUCGUCGACUGUCCACAGUCGAGAAACAUCCGCUGCCAGAGGGAGGCCGGGCGAUACCUCCGUCUCGGGUCUCUCGACGCUACAAUCCCAGCAACGCCAUCGCGGCCAAUCCCAAUCGAAAAGUCCUGAACCUAGCUCUGCUCGUCCCGGUCCUGGAUACGAACCAAACAUAGAGAGGAGACCGUCCAACUCAUACGGCCACCACCGUCAGACCUCCAUCGUGCAUGGCAUCCAGCACUCGCGGAACCCGAGCUUCGCCGCCUCUUCCACCACCGCAAACCCCUUGAGUCCGGAGAUAAUCGCAUCGUUUGGCCGCAGUGGCAGUUCGGAGGCGGAGUCGACACUAGCUGGCCGUCUGGAGCAGCCUGAUCAGCAGACAAGUUAUACUAGUCCAGGGAGCAAUGGAACAAGCCACGUGCAGCCGCCGGGCUUGAGUACGAUCGAGGAUAAUGAUACGGAUGAGCCCAGUGCCGCGCAGCCCAGGAACCCUACACAUCGAAAAAUGGUAUCAACAAACGGGAGACCACGGCGGGAGCAAUCGCACGCCCGAACCACCUCGAAGCAUCAUCAUCACCAUCCACCGGAAUCGAAGACCGUGGGUGAAUAUGCCCUGCACCAUCUCUUCAACUCAUUCGUCGGCCAAGCCGACAAUAAGAUCAACCAAUGUAUAAUGAAGCUUGGGGAGCUAGAAGCUCCUGUGGAGGAAGUUUGUGGGCCAGGAGCAGAUCCCACCUUCGAUCAGCUCAUAUCGGCUCUUGGUCAUAUCGCACGUCAGAAGCCGAAGCCUUUGAUCGAUACGAUCAUGUUCUGGCGGAAAGCGAAAGGCGAAGCCGCGAGUAUGGCCAAGCAGAUGGCUACUCAGAAACCACCGCCUUUAGACCAUGGGUUGAUAAUGCGGCGUAAUACAGAACCUUCUCCAACAGGCGAAUCUCAUCCGACGAACGGGGAUUCUACGCAUCCGCCGCACACACUUCUCUCCAGACAUGAAGAUGUAAUCCUAGCGGAGCGUCGAGCUACCGUGUCGGUCUACCUGGUGUGUAGAGUCUUGAUCGAAAUAUUUCACCAGAGCACUCUGUCCGCGAUAACUAUUGAGAUGGCGGAGCGCUUGGAAGACAUUGUCUUUGGCCAGUUGAAGACCGUGGAUCCAGAUCAAAUUGCUGCUUCACCGCUACGAAUGGCCAAUUGGAGGAUCUACGGACAGUUGCUCGGAAUCAUGAGCGAGACGAACUUUACAAGCGUGACAAAUAGGUUCCUGAACGAGCUCGAACGCUACCAGAAGGACGAGCCUCUUCGCGGCCCAUCGAAAGAUGCUGAUGCGAAGGUGGAACUGCUGGUUCUUGGGAUGCGGCACGUUCGCAUCAAGACAUACCCCGACGAUGUAUGGAGUAGAUCCUGCGACUUUAUGCGGUCACUGGCGCGGCUCUUCGUGAACGCUCAUGGCCAACGGAUCAAGCAAGCAUACUGCUAUAUAUUCGAGAAGCUACUACUCCCGGUGGCAGAGAACCCCGCUUGCGACCUAUCUCACCCCAAAUGGAAGGAAUUCCUGGAAUUGGUUCAGCCUAGAUUGGCGCAAUUGCUCACGAAACCGCGCCACUGGUCGUCCGGUUUCCCUCUGCACAUCCUGCUCUUAUGCGUGUCGUCAUCUUUCUCUUCCCAGUGGCUCUCCAUCAUUAUGAGCCUGCCUCCGAAAUUGAAAGAUCGUCCGACUAGAGGUCCAGCACUUCAGGCUAUGUGCCGCCUACUCUGGACCUACCUGUUUCGAUCUCCCGAUAACCCUACCACUGCCUUGAAGAAGGUCGAGGAAGUAGUCAAGGUUGCACUGCCGGCUGGGAGACGCACGUACUUGACAACGGAACCAUCGGUGGCAGAGCCCCUUGUACAGCUAGUCCGGAUGAUUGGUUUCAAGCAUCCUGACCUGUGCUUCCGAAAUAUUAUUUUCCCUCUUAUAAACUCCGACCUGAUUCUUUCUGGAAAAGAACUAAAAAUCGAACAAAUGGAACCCGAAAAGGUGGUUAUCGGGAUCCGUUCGUUCCUGGCCAUAAUGAGCGAUCUCGAGAACAGCAGUCAGCUCUAUCCUCCUUUCCCUCAGGGCUCCAUGGCGAAUACUUUCACCGACGUGCCGAUAUCGUCGCAGAUCCAUCGGGCCCAGUUCCUCACGGACCCAAGGCUCUCAACCACACUCGAGAACAAGGAUGAUCUGUUGUCCCGCCCGGUCAAUAUAAGCAAGUUGAGUGAUAAAUCCAGAGAACACUACGUUCGCUUCUGUGAGAUCCUAGGUAAGAUCACUCUGCUCUGCGACAAUACGUUUGGUGGCCAGGCUGCGCUCGAUGAGAAGUUCAGCGGGUCGACACCAAAAACGCCUAUUUCUGAGGCCUUUAGUUUUACAAGGAGAGAUGAUCACUCCGCUGGCCCAGAUCAGAAGCAGAGCUUCUACGACUUGCUGCACGUGGCAGUGCAGGCUCUGCCUCGCUGCCUAUCCGAUCAUAUUCCGUUCAAUUCGCUCAUCAACCUCCUCUGCACCGGAACCGCCCAUGUCCAAUCCAAUAUCGCCAUUUCAUCCGCAGAGUCCUUGAAGUCAAUUGCACGCCAAUCCCAUGCGCAGCAGGUUACCAUCGGCUUCGCACGCUUCAUAUUCAAUUUUGAUGCGCGGUACUCAACCAUGUCCGAUGAGGGUAUGCUUGGGCCGGGCCAUAUCGAGUCUACUCUGCGGCUUUAUGUCGAACUACUACGGAUCUGGAUCGAGGAGAUCAAGCAGAAGUCAAAAGAAGCGGCGGCGGCAGAGCCCACGGAUAAAAACGGAUCUGGAAGUCGAGCGUUGAAACUCGACCUCUCCAGCGUGCUUGCACAUGUUGAGGAGAUUGAGUCCCAUGGUCUCUUCUUCUUAUGCUCACAGUCUCGAAGAGUCCGCGCUUUUGCAAUCACUGUCCUGCGGCUUGUCACAGAAUUUGACAGUGCCCUCGGAAAAGAAAACACCAGGGUUAUCCGGAUUCUUGAGGCGGACUCUCAGCAGAUACUCGAUUUGAACGACGAGCAGCUUACGAUAGCUGAAAAGAGUCGACUGCAGAAGGGAAAGAGAAGAAGCACGUUGCAAAAUACGUUGAUCGAGCUCUGCAGCAGUGAGGUAUCGUAUGACUCGACGCUCUGGUCCAAAGUGUUUCCGAACAUUAUCCGCAUCAGUUUCGAUACAUGCCCGUUUGCCGUCACUCUGAGCCGUGAGAUUGUAUGUGCGCGACUGGUGCAGAUGCACAAGAGCAUUGCUGCGCUGGCUGAGAGUCCUCGUGGUCCUCAGUAUGCACCGAUGGACCUUGGCAAUGGGCGUACGCUCGGCCGGAAUAACGCGGCCGCUGAGAUCCUGAUCGAACAGUGGAAGCUCUAUCUCGUAAUGGCUUGCACAACUGUGAAUACUGUUGGUGCCCAAUCUCAAAGUCAGCUGGCUAAUCAGCAUGCCCGCAAAGCCUCCAAAGGAGGGCAGCAAGCACAGGACAAGAUUAGCUCCGCGAGGGCUCUCUUUGCCUUUGUCAUCCCCUUGCUGUCUGCUGAGCCGGACUCAAUUAGGAAUGCGAUAGUAGUCGCACUUGGCUCUAUUAAGAAGAAUCUUUAUCGCACCUUGCUGGAAUCAUUGCAGUAUGCUGUCACCACGUGCAAUGAAGAGGCCAAGGUCCGUAUUGGUGCUCACCAUCGGACACCAAGCAGCCCACGUCGCAAUCGCAGGACGGACCGACUGCGCACUGAAGUGACACACGUCUACAAAUUAACGUCGCAUUUUCUGAAGGAGCCGGAGGUAUACAAUGACGACUGGAUCGUUAAUAAUCUAGUCACCUAUACCAAGGAUCUACGGAUCUUCCUGAGUGACGUUGAAGUGCAGAAUGACUGGGAGUUCCAGAAACUCCGGUUUCACUACUGCGGCUUGAUGGAGGAACUCUUCGAAGGCAUCAACCGAACUAAGGAUCCAUCUCGCUGGCUGCCUUUCGAAUCAAGAAAAUCGGCAUUUUCUCUGAUGGAGGACUGGUGUGGCUAUUCCCCCAACCAAGCCCAGAUCUCCCAGCGGGAAGAGAAUAUGCGGAAGUUCGCGCUAGCCCAUCAACACGAGACCGGGGAGAUACGAAACACGGCUGCCGCGAUGGAGAUCGAGAAGAAGAAUCUGCGGGCAGCGGCGCUCAGUGCUAUGGCAUCCCUUUGUGCCGGGCCGAUCAGCAUCACAACGGAAAGCGGCUCUGUCCUGCAGUUUGACGUGGGCCGGAUGCUAUCAUGGAUCGAUAUCAUUUUCAACACGGUCAGCGACAAGUGGCAUACGAUCGGCCGACGAGCGCUGAAGAACCUGAUCACCCAUAACAAGGAAUACCCUUACCUGUUAGAGCGCUCGGUCGAGAUGUGCUAUAUCAGCGAACGCCCCAAGGCCCUAGAGAGCUACUUUGAAGUUGUCACGGAGGUGUUGAUCGAGCACACUGAUUAUCCGCUAGCGUUCUGGCGGAUCCUGGGUGCUGUGCUCUUCACACUGGGCAAUCAGAAACGCGAGAUCCGAAUGAAGUCGGCCAGGCUCCUGCGCACGUUAGAGGAACGCCAACAGAAAAGCUCGCGGUUACAAGAUUUUGACAUCAGUAUCUCCGAUAAGACCACGGCCGUCUACAAGCUAGCACAGUUCGAGACGUCGAAACGGCUGGCCAAGCAGCACGCCGAUCUGGCGUUCACGAUCUUCUCCGAGUUUUCCUUGCAUUUCCGCAAUCUCCAACCCGACAGCCAGCGCAACAUGGUAGCGGCAAUCCUGCCCUGGAUUCAGACGAUGGAGUUGCAGAUCGAACCCAGUGGAGCUCCAACGGCUCGGUCCUACAUGCUUCUGGCCAAUCUGUUCGAGAUCACCAUCCGAUGCAGCACGAUCCUGCCCAACGAGGUUCAAGCACUAUGGCAGGCGCUUGCAACUGGACCGCAUGGCGGAAACGUGCAGCUGGUCCUUGACUUUAUUAUCAGCCUCUGUCUGGAGCGCAAAGAACAGAACUUUGUCGAAUACGCCAAGCAGAUCGUGGUGUUCUUGUCAGGCACUCCGGCUGGAUCCAAGGUCAUCGAGUUCUUCCUGUUACAAGUUAUUCCCAAGAACAUGGUGCAGGAAAGAAAAGAAGUCAUCUCGACGCCGCCAGAGACCAAGGGGCUUCCUUAUGUUGCCGAUCUGAGCAGCGUGCUGCCAGUUGGUAACAAGCAGGCGGGUCUGUCACUUGGGCAAGUUGCGCUUAUUUUCCUUGUGGACUUGAUGGUGGCGCCAGUUACGCUUGGCCUGGACAGCGUCAUCAAGCUUCUACACGUUGUCUUGAUCCUCUGGGAUCAUUACACGCUGACCGUCCAGGAACAAGCUCGAGAGAUGCUUGUCCAUCUGAUCCACGAACUGAUCGCGUCGAAAAUCGAGGACGAUGCGCCCGCCGACGCUCGACAGUCGAUUGAGGAUUUCGUCGAGUCGAUCCGGAAGAGCGACCCGGCGGUUAUCUGGGAAUACGAGGAUAAUAAUGGGAAACAUGACCGUGAUGACGUGAGUCGAGUGCCUUCUGCGAUGACUCGGGUCACGCGUGAAGUGAUCAACUUCUUCAGCUUCGCCUACGAAGGGGUUGGGGAUCUCUGGGCCAAAGAGGCUCUGAACUGGGCGACCUCAUGCCCGGUGCGGCACCUCGCAUGCCGGUCCUUCCAGGUGUUCCGAUGCAUCUCGACUUCGUUGGACUCGAGAAUGCUUGCCGACAUGCUGGCGCGGUUGUCUAACACGAUUGCAGACGAGGAAGCGGAUUACCAGACCUUUUCGAUGGAGAUCUUGACAACUUUGAAGGUCAUUAUCGAUUCUCUUGCGCCGGCAGAUCUGAUGCGAUAUCCGCAGCUCUUCUGGACUACGUGUGCCUGUCUCAAUACGAUCCACGAGCGAGAGUUCAUGGAGAGUGUGGGGAUGCUGGAGAAGUUCCUGAACAAGGUGGAUCUGGGCGACCCGGCCGUGAUCACGAGGCUUCUCGAGAGUCAGCCUCCCAAGUGGGAGGGGGGAUUUGACGGGAUCCAGGAUCUGAUCUACAAAGGACUGAAGUCGUCCGAGUCGUUCCUCAUCACGCUGGAUCUGCUCCAGCGGUUGAUGAGACUGCCGAACAAUGCAUUGGUUGGGGACAGUAACCGCCUGCUCUUUACGACCUUGGCCAAUCUGCCGCACUUCCUAUACCACUACGACCUUGAAAAGAGCGACCCGGCGAUCCUUGAUCGCGCCAAUCUGUUGGCGACGGUAGCAGAACGGCAGAACUGCCCGCGGCUGGCGGCCUCGUUGGUGGGCUUUGCCAAUGGACAAUACAAAUCCGCGCGCGACUUCCUGGACCACAUUGUGACGGAGAUCAAGGCCUACUUCUUCCCGGAGCAAGAUGUGCAGAGUCUGGUGUUCACCAUGGGCCUUUUGACGAACGCCACGACGUGGUUCCGGCUCAAGACGAUGCAGAUCCUGUGCGUGAUGAUCCCGGAGAUCGAUAUGCGGCGCAACGAGGUGACGUGCCACGGACCCGAUCUGAUCUCGCCGCUGCUGCGUCUGCUGCAGACGGAUCUGUGCCGGGAAGCGCUGCAGGUGAUGGACCACAUCAUGACCGUGUCCGGCAACCCGAUGGAGCGACAUCAUCUGCGCAUGAGUAUGGCGUCGUCGACGUCCUCGCGGGCGAUCCGCAAAGAGUACGAGCGGGUGCAGAGUCUGUACGGCAUCCCCGAGCCGACGGGCUGGUCGAUCCCGAUGCCGGCGGCGCAGUCGGCCAUCACACGAAACAACGUGCACGCCGUCUUCUAUACGUGCGCGGAGACGGAUCGCAUCGAAACGCCUGUCACGGAGGCGCCAGAGGUGGCCUUCCACGCCGACGACUACGGCGACGCCUUCUUCCCGAUGCGGGCGGACACGAUGAAGUCGAUCGACACGCAGACGGACGGCAACAUGGGCGACAUCGUGCAGAAGCUGGACAGCCUGGACGACUUCUUCGAGGAGACCGAGCUGAGCCAUUCGUCCAUGUCGGACGCGACGCUGCGCGGCUUUUCGGGUGGAUUUCCCGACACGAGCGCGAAUCUGUACGAUCAGCAAACGGCGCCCAUCCUGCGCAAGUCGCUGGCGCGGACAGCGUCGACCUCGUCCUUCCACAACGGGCUGGCGGAAUCCCGCCCAUCGACGUCGCGGAUGGACGGCUCACUGCUGAGCGCGACCCCCGGCCAGCCGCUGCAGCAGCAGCAACAACAACAACAACUGCUGCUGCAGCAAUCGCUGAACAACAUCCGGCCGUCGAUGCACAUGCGGUCGGUGACCUCGCCCGCCAACAAUCUCUUCUCGCCGACAUCGCAGAUGACGACGCCUCCCAGCGGGUUCAACGAGGUGGCCUUCUUCUCGGACGACGAGGCGGAGUCGCUGUCGGAUAUGGACGACCGGUUCGGGCUGGGGACGCCCUCGGUGUCGGUGGCAGCGGCGCCUCCCACGCGCAACGUGUCGGACGGGCCUUUCUCGCUGGAGUCGAUGAUCCGGAGUGGGAUGCGACGACUGACGGGCGGCACGGCCAACAAGGACAAGGAGCGGCAUCGCGAUCUGCUGCGGGCACAGCAUCGGGCUCUGGCGCAGACGGCCAACUCACCGCGGGUGCCCAAGGUGCCGCAGGAGUAUCUGUCGGGGCCGACCAGCAGUCCGACGUCGCCGGGACAGUAUUGAGGGGUUCUGUCUUGCAUUUUUGUUUGUCAAUUUUUCUAUCUUCAUUUUGGCUGAUGGAUCAAUGCUCUUUUUUGAGAAUGGCUUCGGAACCUGGAAGUUUCUUUUGUUAUGGGUCCGGCUGUAUGGCUGUAUGGUUGUGAUGUUUUUGAAUGGAGUGCUCGGGGGAAUCAUCUGCUACUUAUUAUUGGCGUCCUUCAGAAGAGAGAGCAUGGCGUCUUGCGGUGCAGUUGUUAUGUUGUUCCUGGCGA